AUGCAGCAAUUCUCAUUGGCCUACCAUUCGAUAUACACGAGGAAUUGGCGAGUCGUCGGCGCCAUUUGGGUCCUAUGCGGAUUGUGCACAACGGUCCUUCAAACGCUCGUCCUCAUCCAUCCGACGUGGAUCGGCAACGACGAGGGCGGCUAUUUCGGUUUGUACGACUAUUGCGGAACGAAUGAUUGCCAAUGGAGUCCGUUCCGCAUAAGACCGUUGAGUAUGUGGUUCGAGAUCGCCGCGUUUCUCGUGCUCGCCGCCACCGUCCUCAGUUUUCUCGCCAUUUUUUGCAUUCUGCUUCUCGUGAUCCUCAGAGAUCGCCACGCGUUCAUUCUCUGCUCGUGGCUUCACUUCUUCGCCUUUGUUUUUAUGCUGGCCGGCUGUAUUUUAUACCCCUACGGAUGGGAGAACCCUCGAGUUCGCGAGAUUUGCGAAUCGAAACGAUUCCACAUCGGCCUCUGCCAACUCCGAUGGCCAUAUUUGCUCGCCAUCGUUCUCGUGCUCGAUCAGCUGAGUCUAUGCUGCCUCGGUUUCGCAUUGGCCAUCAAAAAACCGCCAAAGAUCCCCGAACUUCACUCACUCACCGGCCCCACCGUAAUCAGCAACUCAAUUCAACCAGUGCCAAGGCCGCGAAAAAUGUCAGUACAAGAAUCUUUCUAUUCCCACUCAGGAUCUCGAAUGGAAUCGUAA